AUGGCACUGGUCGGACCAUGGGACUCGCAGAGGCAGCUGGCGAAGCAGCGGGUGUUUGCGGAAGUUGGUGUUGGCGUGCAGAGUGAAGGAUUGCUUCGGGAUGGUGGGUGGGUUGUCCGGUCUGGUCUUCUGUCACGGAUGAGACAGGAGGCAGACAAGGUGAGUCUAGAUCACAGGAAGUGGGUGAGGGAUCACAGAAGGAGGACUGAAGACAGAGGAAGACUGGACGAUCUUUGGGAGAUGACUGAUGAGUUGCGGAUUCUCAGACCACCAGCUGUUUAUGCCAUUGUUGGAGAGUCAAACUCGUCUCCCACCAUAGCACUGGCUUCAGUAGUUGGUCCUUUCAGCAUACCUGUUAUCAGUCAUUUUGCCACAUGUGCUUGUCUGAGUGACAAAAAAAGAUAUCCAUCCUUCUUCAGAACAAUACCCAGUGAUUAUUACCAAAGCAGAGCACUGGCUCAGCUUGUAAAGUACUUUGGCUGGACCUGGGUUGGGACAGUCAGGAGUCGUGGAGACUAUGGUAAUUACGGCAUUGCAGCAUUUGAGGAGGCUGCAAAAGAAGAGGGGGUAUGUAUUGAAUACUCCGAGGCCAUAUUAAGCACCGAUCCAAAAGAGCAGUUUCUGAAGACACUAGAAGUGAUAAAGAAGGGCACUGCCAGGGUGGUGGUUGCUUUUGUUGCAUUAGGAGAUUUUGUUCCCCUCCUGAAAGUAAUGGUUCAACAAAACAUCACAGGGCUUCAGUGGGUUGGGAGUGAAUCCUGGAUCACUUCUCGAACUCUUGCUGAAACAAAGGACUACAGUUUCCUAUCUGGAGCUGUGGGUUUUGCUAUAGCAAAUGCCAAACUUACUGGCUUGCGCAAUUUCCUAGUGAAUGUGCACCCUGAUCAAGAACCAAACAAUGAAAUUUUAAAAGAAUUCUGGGAAACAACUUUUCAGUGCUCUUUCAGGACCACGGGUAGUAGUGCCUGCAGUGGCUCAGAGAAACUGGCAGAGCUGCAAAAUGAAUAUACUGAUGAAUCAGAGUUACGAAUUGCAAAUAAAGUGUACACUGCUGUGUACGCUGUAGCAUAUACACUACAUAACAUAUUAGAAGACUUCAGAUACUCCACAAACAGUAGCAUAAAAAUAAAACACACACCACAAAAGGUAUAUAAUAUAAGAUAAAAA